CCACCACAUUUCAUCGGUCAAAUGCAAGCGUCGCGAAACUCUUCGGCGGCGCGUUAUAGUUUGCCAAAAACAUUUUUGUUGUGCAAUUGCUAAAUGAAAAAACGAAUACAAGUAUAAUUUUUACCGUUAGCCGCAGGCUGCUGCAACCAUAUAUAAAUUAGCUAACAAAGUUGCCUUGAUAUUAAGCAAAGCGCAUAGAAACAAGAGCCAAAACAUAAUGAAGCAGCAUGAAUUUCGCUAGCAUUCGUUUAUGCACGUAUGGAUGUGUGGGUGUGUGUGUUGUGUAUUGUAGUGUAUGUGCCUAAAUUAGCUUAGUGAUAUUUUUAAUUGUUGCCAUCGACAUCGUCGACGCUGACGCCGACGUCUCUGCCCCAUUGUCAAAUUCAAAUUUCCGCUGUGGCGACCGCAUUCGCCAGUAGUUCACAUUUACAGCUAAGCAGCCGCAGAGCUCGUGUCUACGUGCACACUUAACAGCAACAACGAAAACAGCCGAAAAAAAAAUAAAUAAAUAAAACGGCAGCGUCGUCGUCGUCACCUUGAAGUGCCACUGUCGUAGUCACAAGGCGCACGCGAGCCCUCGCAGUCGGUUGUCGCCUAUUCGCCGAUUCGCCGUUUCCUAACCUAUUCCGCCUCUGCGUCUCGCCCACAACAAAGUCCAAGUCUGGGGCAGACGCUGCUGCUGGGCCGUGUUGGUGUCAAGCACACAUACUUAUCACGUGUUUGCAUUGACCACAAUAUUGUAGCUCAACAUAUUGUGCGCUCUCCCAACGAAUAAGUUCGCCGCUCACGAAAUUACUCUCACGCCAUGUUCUCACUACAGCAACUGAUCAAAGCGACAGCCACAGCGUCACCAGCUGGCAGUGGCGUAGGCGGCGCUGUUGAUUUAUACAAGUUCCUUAGGCAAUUUAGCAGCAGCAGCAACAACAGUAGCGUCGUUGUGAGCGCACGCGGCGUGACGUCAUCGUCAGUAGUAGUAGCAGCAGCUGAAGCUACAAAUACAGCAAUACAAAAUCUAUCUAGUCAAGAGUCGUCAAGCGAAUUGAACUUCAGCGAGAACGUCAGUCACAAUUCGCCUUCGUUAGCGCACGGUUGCUGUUCGAGCGAAUCGAAAUCGGAGUCGGCGCACUUUGUCAAUUUAUCAAAACAAUUUGUACACAAUAUACUGCAGCAGCGCAGCCAGGACAUACAGCGACAGCUACAUACGCAGCGCAACGGAAAUAACGCUAAAUCCUCGCAUCCGCAACAGCAGCACCAACAGCAACAGCAGACAACAACCAAAUUUGCAAUGUCUUCAUUGGCAGCCGAACCUCUCCAAGCGGAAAUCUCCACCAGCGAUGGCAGCAGUCUAACAGCUGCCACGGCUGCACCUGGCGAAGGCGCCGCCUGUCACGAUGCAGCCUCCAGUGCGGGAAAGAAGCCCUGCUUCAACACAGGCCUUGCCGACAUACUGCAGUUCAUGGAGCUCAUUGGGAACCUGAAGCACACCAAACGUACUGGCUGGGUAUUGAGGGACGUGAACGACUGUGAAUCGAUCUCUGGACAUAUGUAUCGGAUGAGCAUGUUGACCUUUUUGCUAGACGGCAGCGAAGGUCUGAAUCAGAUACGCUGCAUGGAACUAGCUCUGGUCCACGAUCUGGCCGAGAGCUUAGUGGGUGAUAUCACGCCCUUCUGUGGCGUCUCCAAGGAGGACAAACGUGUGCUCGAAUUUAAGGCCAUGGAGGAUAUAUGCAAGCUGAUCGAGCCGCGUGGCAAGCGCAUUAUGGAGCUUUUCGAGGAAUAUGAAAAUGCACAGAGUGCUGAGUCCAAGUUUGUUAAGGAUCUGGAUCGUUUGGAUAUGGUGAUGCAGGCGUUCGAGUACGAGAAACGUGACAAUUGCCUGCUGAAGCAUCAGGAGUUCUUCGAUUCAACCGAGGGCAAAUUUAAUCAUCCGUUUGUCAAGAAGCUGGUCAACGAGAUCUAUGAGCAGCGUCAGGUGCUGGCGAAGGCUAAAGGUGCCACGCCGCCACCAGCCAUUGAAGUGCCUAACAUGGCGGCAACGCCCACAAAUUUGGCCAAUGGGCGUGGCAGCUCAAGUUGAAAACGUUGCAAGGAUGUGGGAGGAAGGAAAGGCCAAUGCACUGUGACGCUCUAAUUGUUUUUAAGUUUUGAGAUUUAGGUUUAGCACAUACUACUCACACACACACUCACAUAGCAAAUACCACAAUACACACACACAACCACCUACUUUAUAAGCAAAUCCAACUAACAAAGAUUGUUCAGCCUACCUCGACACGCUCAUAGCUAGCAUAUAUAUACAUAAAUGUUUAUGUACAUAUGCAUAUAUGUUUGUAAUUUUAAUUUAUUAAACAUCUUUAAAUUUGUAGCUAACUUGACACCAUUUGUCACACACCUUAGUUCAAUUUAUGUUU